AUGGCAUCGAGUGACAUUGAUUUGACGGAAUUCGAUGCGUACCUGAUGGCCAAGACAUUCUUUGAUCUGAAGGAGUAUGAUCGGUGUGCGUCCGUCCUGGAAGGAUGCACCGGUCAUAAGUCGCGGUUCCUAAGACUCUACUCAAAGUAUCUUGUAGGAGAGAAAAAGCGGGAACAGGACACCCUCGAAGUAUUGGGGCCGUUAGACAACGGAAUGGCGAUCAACAAGGAACUCGAAAAGAUUGCCUUGGAGCUGUCUAAGUGCUACCAGGAUGGCGCACUCGACGCUUUUUGUAAAUAUCUGUACGGUGUAGUGUUGAUCAAACAGCAAAGAAAGAGCCUUGCAGUCGUGGUCUUAUUGGAAUCUGUGAACCAAUACCCGUACAACUGGAGCGCAUGGCUGGACCUUGGUUCCUGUCUACCCUCAUAUGCUGCUGUCAUGAAAAUCAAAGCAGAGCUACCGAUCAGCUUCAUGAUGACCUACUUUCUGUCUCAUGUCACCCUGGAGCGAUUUAGUGAUCAGUACGAAGAUGGCGCAUUGUGGCUUCAAGAGUUGUCAGAAGCGUUUCCCAAGAGCGCCUAUGUCAAGAGUGAACGUGCAAUAGCGCUCUAUCAUGCGAGAGAUUUUCCAGAGGCGGCAAAGGCAUUCGAGGAGCUGAUCAAGGAGAAUCCUCAUCGCUUGGACAGUCUGGAUGUCUUCUCGAACGUUUUGUUUGUCACAGAUAAUCGGGCACGUCUCAGUUUCCUGGCCCACAGUUGCGCCAUGACGGAUAACUACCGGCCAGAAACGUGUUGCAUCAUUGGGAACUACUAUAGCAUGAAGGCCGAGCACGACAAGGCUGUGACAUACUUUAGGAGAGCUUUACGGUUCAACAGGAGCUAUGCCUCAGCAUGGACGCUGCUUGGACACGAGUAUUUGGAGAUGAAGAAUACCUAUGCCGCCGUGGAGUCCUAUAGGAGGGCAGUAGAUUAUAAUCACCGGGACUACAGAGCAUGGAACGGAUUAGGACAGACAUAUGAGGCGCUCAAGAUGCAUUAUUACGCCCUCAAUUACUAUCAAAGAGCGACGGCAAUCCGACCUUAUGACGGCCGUAUGUGGUGUGCUAUGGCCGAGUGCUACGAGUAUCUGGAUCAGGACCUGGCGGCCAUCAAGUGCUACACGAGAGCAUUGCUAGGAUCGGACCAAGAGAAGAUGGCUCUGAAGAAGUUGCCGAAGCUGUACAAAAAGAUUGGCGAUACAGAAGCAGCGGCGCACUACUUUCGAAAGAGUCUGGAGCAGCUGCGGGAAGAACAGAGCGAAUCGGAGGACACAUCGGAGGCAUGCAUCUUUUUGGCAUUGUAUGAACGUGAGAAGGGAAACCUGACAGCGGCGUCGGACUAUGCUACAGAGGCAAUGCAAUGCUCGUCGGAGCAGCACCAGGAAGAUGCCAAGGCACUCUUGCGCGACAUUCGAAGCGUGCUUGAUACAGGUGAUUUGGACGACAUGGAAUAA